AUGCGCAAUCGCCCUAUGCAGUGUCCGUGUUCAUCGCCGCGGAGUUGCAAAAGCGAUGGUUCGAGACAGGCUAGAGGCCCUGCGUCAAGAGGGUAGGGUACCGUAUGACGGCUUGUCGGAAGUUGCAGUUCCCAUAGACGGCCAACCUUUCUUGUCUGAUUUGUUUGACCAGGUGGAUUAUAUCCGGGAUAGUAUCAAUGAAAUACAGGUGACGGUAGAUGAAAUCAAACAAGCGCAGAGUGCUAUCAUUGGUUCUCCUCAGCCUAAUGAAGCUGAUAGAGAAAGAUUGGAAGCAAAGAUGUCUCAAGUGAAGCGAGAUGCAAACAUGGUUAGAGGAAAGCUGAAGACUAUGGAGAAGGCACUUGAAGAAGAGCAAAGAGGACCAGCUCGACAUUCAGCAGACUUUAGGAUACGAAAGGCUCAGCAUUCCACUUUGUCUCGAAAAUUCUUAGAAAUUAUGGAAGAGUAUAAUCGUAUUCAGGUUGAGUACAGAGAAAAGUGUAUUGAACGUAUUGAAAGACAGUUGAUAAUCACCAACCAGAAUAAGACUCACGAUGAAGUUGAAGCAAUGGUAGAAGAGAACAAUUUAGGUGUCUUUACACAAGGGAUUCUUGUUGAAAAUGCUCAAAUGAAGCAGGCUUUGGGAGACAUUACUGCACGACACAAUGACAUCAUUCGACUGGAGAACAGUAUCAGAGAGUUACAUGAUAUGUUUCUGGACAUGGCUAUGCUAGUGGAAGAACAGGGAGAUAUGGUUGAUAGGAUAGAGUACAAUGUCGAGAAGGCAGCUGCAUAUGUUGAAUCGGCGAAGAAGGAAACCAGAAAGGCGUUGACCUAUCAGAGAAGUGCCAGACGUAAAAAAGUUUUUUGUGCCAUUUUGGUUGUUGUCAUUUUGGUUGUAAUUGGCGCUAUUAUAGCAGGAGCAGUGACCUCAUGAUGACUUGUAAUUUUCUCAAUAUUGUGCUGUGGUACAAGUAGACACAGGAACGUUUUGAUUUGUCUUGCACAUCAUUAGAACAUUUAAAGUGUAUAAGAAAGAGAAAGAGAGAUAAAGGGGUACAGUACAGUA